CAACGGUAAAUAUCUUUUCAAUUUCCACAUGGACAUCGGGCUUUUAUUUACGACUGAUAAUUUGACAGUCGUUUCAAAAUUUAUGAAAACUUCUUGAAAUAUGGAAGAGAAGUCUUGCAAAGAGCAAUUAACAGAAAAUACAGAUUUCUGAAUCUAUUGCUCUGGUUGGAGAGAAAGAAUCUAUAAAAAGUUUGGAACGUGAAUAUUCUGAGGAUGAAAUAUACCUUUCAAAAGCAAAAGCAUUAGGUCAAAAAUACUCAUAUAUUAGGAGAACUAGACCAGAUGGAAAUUGCUUUUUUAGAGCCUUUAGUUAUGCAUAUCUUGAAAAGUUAAUUGGAAAUAAAGAAGAGUAUGAAAAAUUUCGAGAACUUGCAUUAAAGAGUAAAGAUAGUUUGGUAGCAUUAGGUUUUCCUCAGUUUACAGUUGAAGAUUUUCAUGAUACAUUUAUGGAUGUAAUUGAUAAAGUAGGAGAAGAUACAGAGUCAAGCUAUGUUGAAUUACAUAAACUUUUCAAUGAACAAGGAUGUUCUGAUUAUGUUGUUGUAUAUCUUAGAUUAAUUACUUCUGGUCAAUUACGGCGUGAAGCUGAUUUUUAUCAGCAUUUUAUUGAAGGAGAACGUACUGUUUCAGAAUUCUGCCGUCAAGAGGUAGAACCAAUGUACAAAGAAUCUGAUCACAUUCACAUUAUAGCUAUGAGUACUGCUUUAGGAACUGGAAUACGCGUUCGUUAUAUGGAUAGAGGCGCUGGGACUGAAGUAACUGCACAUGAUUUUCCUGAAGGUGCUAUCCCAGCUGUUCAUUUACUGUAUCGUCCUGGUCAUUAUGAUAUUCUAUAUCCCUGAUAAAUCAUGUAUUAAACUGGCAUACAACUUUUUAAAAAAUUACAUGACAAAGAUUAAUUAUUUAGCAAAUUAUAUCUUGUGUACGUAAUCAAAACUCAUAAAAUUCUUGUUUGGUUAAAUGUAACAUUACAAUUGUAAGUAAUUAAUUUAAGUCUUAUAGAAUAUUCAAUAAAAUUAUGAAAUUUUAUGUAAAAUAACUGUGUUUUUUUAAGAAUUGUUCAUUAAAUUUAAUCAUAACAACAAAUUUAACAUAAUUUUUUCAACAUUAU